CGAUAAUAAUCCACCGUCCACCGUGACCAUCAUCGCUGCGGUGUCUGCCGCUGCACCGCCAGAGCAGCCUCAGGCGUCAGUGCCAUCAUACCCCCACCAUACCUAACUUGAAUAUACCUGCAGUGAGUGUAUCGGGUACCUCAGGCUUAGGCUGACCCUUACCACCAACACCACCGCAAGCACAGGUACUAUACAACAAGCAGUGCCUUUGUGCAGACUACGCAGUCCGGCUACCAAGCAACCUGCAGGCGCAGCUUUUACAUUUUCCUUUGCGCUGCGCUACCCGUUCACGAGUCCAUCUUUAACCAGUUGUUCCACAAACGCCCGAUCCAGUUUGGACCAACUAUUUCCAUUCAUACAAGACUGCUCUACCAUCUACUGCGCUACUCACCAAUACCACCUGCCACUCGCCGGGCUUGAAACGGGCAGCGCGCGUCACCCUAAUCAUGGGUCGGUAGUCACUCGCGAAGAGAGAUUGAGGCUGAGAAAGCCUGCACCCCGGACACAGGCAGAUGUGACUUCGCGCGUCUAUUCGAAUCAUCUCCAAUCACCAUCAUCAUAAUGCAAUCCUUAAAGGCUGUUUUUUUCAAGCCGGAUCCUCAGGAACAGAAGCGCAAAUGCGACAAUAUCAUCCGCAAGAAUGUUCGCGCUCUAGACCGGGACAUCAACAAUCUCAAAGUUACAGAGCAAAAGACGAAGAGUCUCAUCCUUAAUGCCUCGAAACGAGGUCAGAGAAACCCGUCGCAGGCGAAACAAGGCGCAGAGGAAGCACGGAUAUUCGCCAGAGAGUUGAUCAGGGUCCGGAAACAGGCGGCCAGAUUACACACCAGCAAAGCACAGCUGCAAAGUGUGCAGAUGCAAGUCAAUGAGGCUUUCUCCGUCCGCAAAAUCGAAGGCAGUCUCAAGGCCAGCACGGGCAUCAUGAAGGAUGUCAACACGUUGGUCCGCUUGCCCGAGCUGACGGGCACGAUGCAAGAGCUCAGCCAGGAGUUGAUGAAAGCAGGGAUCAUUGAAGAAAUGGUCGGUGAUGUCCUGCCGGAUGAUCAGCUGUUGGAAGGAGAAGACGAAGAGGCCGAGACGGAAGUGGACAAGGUGUUGGGCGAGGUGCUCAAGGGCAAACUGGCCACUCCGGCACACCAGGUACCGCAACUUCCUGCCGAGGAAGAGGAAGAGGAGAACAUCGAGGACAGAGAGGCCGAAUUGGAGCAAAUGCGAGGAAGGCUGGAAGCCUUAAAGAGCUAGGAUAUGUUAUACGACGACAAUAUGAUGCAUGUUACAACUUUGAUGGGAUUUCUCGUGCCUGCAGGCAGGGCUGGGCUACAUGACAUUUAGGAUGCCAUCAGGGGCUGUAUACACGUUCGGCCUCGUUUGCUAAAGCCGAUGGCGCCCAUAUCAAGACUUCUACUAUCGUUAGAGUGCCCUGCCUAUACGCAGCCCACCACUGCCAUAGAGGUUCAACUGUAUGCGUGCGUG